GUUUGAGUGAAACCAUCGCAACGGUCCAACUUGGCGUUGUUAUUACUGCCACAUAGCUAGCUUGGUAGAAGCUAACAGGGUCUUUGCCGGAUUAGUCACUCAUAUUCUCAGGACAUACUGUAGCCUACUCGAAAAUAUCUAUGGUGGUGAAGAUUCUUGGAUUUUGGUGCAGUAUGGUUGGCCUUGUCUUCGAGAAUGCCAGUUGAGCUUGAGGUGAAAACUAGGAUUGAUGAAGUGUUCAGGAGGUAUGACGUUGUUCCCGUGGUGAGGAAGAAGGUGAAAAAGAAACCCGAUGAGCCUCAGGAAAAUAUUGUGCUUGAAACCUUUAAGAAAAACCUUGAUUUGGCCAAAGGCACAGAGGACCAUGAGACCAUCCUCCAUAACACCUUCGACCCAGCGAAGGGCAGCCCUCGUUUCACCAAGAACAAACGGCGGGAAUGGGAGGUGACCGAGAAGGCCAACGUCAAUGGCGCCGCCCCCAACGAGUCUCUCCUCACCAGAGUCAAGAAGAAGAACAAGAGAAACUUGCCAGUGCCUCCCAGCCAUGACGUAGCCAGGGUCAGCGUCCAGGAUGACUGGAGCGCCAACAGGUCAGAGGUCAGUCCAGUUCAGGAGUAUGACGAGGGUGGUAGAGGGAAAGGCAAACGGGGGAAGAAAGGGAGGACCAAAGGAGGAGAGGACGAGGAGGCGAGAGGAGGAGUGGAUGCAGACGAUGACCUCCUACAGGAGUACCAGCAGCAGCUGGAGGAACUCGGAGGAGCGGCCGGCCCCAGCUUCAGCGCCAGAGCAGGUGUGCUCAACAACGAGGUGGGCAAGAAGAGGAAGAAGAAGAAGCAACUCAAGUCCACAGAGGGAGAGAUAAGUGCCCUUCAGGAGGAUGCCCAGGAGAACAGGAGGCCUGGGCAGUGGGACCAGGAGGAGGUUACAGAGAUUGACAUAGAAUCACACAAGUCCAAAGGCAAGAAAAAGAAGAAGAAAAGGGAAGUACUGACUGAAGAGAGCCAGACUGAGAUUGAUCUCCCCGUGCGUCACGUGUUUGAUGACAGCCUGGUGUUGGGCGUCUAUAUCCACCGCUCUGACCGGCUGAAGACAGACCUGCUGGUGUCUCAUCCCAUGGUGAAGGUCCAUGUGGUGGACGACAGAACGUUCCAGUAUGUGAAGAAGGAGGAUGCUAACCGGCCGGUCUCCUCCUUCUAUGAGCGUGACAGUGUGGACCACAUCCUGCCCAUCAUGACUCAGCCCUUCGACUUUAAGAAGCGCAAGUCCACCGUGCCAGAGUGGGAGGAACAGAUCAUCUUCAACGAGCGAUUCGGCUAUCUCUUGCAGGAAGAGCACGACGCACCAAGGGUCAUUCUGUUUUUCGAGAUCCUGGAUUUCAUGAGUAUGGAAGAAGCGAGAACUCAUGCCAACGCUGAUCGGCACGAACAAGGGUUUAGGAAAAUAGCUUGGGCCUUUCUCAAGCUGGUAGGAACGAAUGGAGUGCUGAACACGGACAGCAGGCUGAGACUGCAGCUCUACAGCGUGCCCCCCAGGGCCAAGAAGAUGCCCAACACCAUCGAAGUGGUGGAGUGGUGGAGGAAGUUCCCCAGGACCAGAUACGCCUCCACCCUCUACAUCACCGUCAAGGGCCUCAAGCUCCCUGACCAUGUGGACCCCAGCAUCCGCUCCAUGAUGGCCCUACAGCAGGAGCGGGCCAGCACCUCUUACAGUGAGCUGCAGAGUGAGAUCACACGGCGAACUAAUGACAAGCUGCUGGACGGCAAACACAACAUUAUCAAGUGGAAUCGCCUCCCCGGACAGGUGUGCCGGAUCCCCAACAAGCCCAUGCUGGCGUUCCGAGGGGGGCAGAUGGGCUGCUUUAUGCUGCGCUUCUCCCACCACGGCCUCAUGCUGGCGGCCGCCUGCGCUGACCGAGAUGCCUUCCCCGUCAUAGUCUAUGAGAUUCCCUCCGGCAAAGUGCUGACUUCCUUCAAUGGCCACUUGAGCCUUGUGUAUGAUCUGUGGUGGUCUAAAGACGACUGCUAUCUGCUGUCUACGUCCUCCGACGGAACAGUGAGGAUGUGGGAUGUCGAGAGGCUCCAGAGUGUGGCUCAGAAGAUCUUGCCCCACCCGUGCUUCCUGUACUGCGCCCAGUUCCACCCCUCCGCACAGCAGCUGGUGGUGACGGGUGGCUUUGACUGCCUGCUCAGGGUUUGGGACGUGGACGUGCACGAUGUCAACGGCCAUCUCCUGAAGGAGUGUGAGGGCCACAAUGCCUUUGUCAACGCCCUGUGUUUUGACCAAGAAGGGGGCCGAAUGUUCUCUGGGGACAAUGCAGGCGUCAUCAUAGAGUGGAAUGCAAGCGUGGAUGGCGCAUCCAGCCAUAAUCCAACUCGCUUCUGGAAGAUUGAGAGGGAGAUAAAAGAGCCUGACCUGGAAGGAGUUCCCAUCAACUGUUUGGAAGUGCAUCCCAAUGGGCGCCGCCUUCUGAUUCAAGCCAAAGACAGCACCAUCCGCAUCAUGGAUUUGAGAUUACUGGCUGUGAAGAAGUUCACUGGUGCCUCAAACUACCGGGAGAGGAUCCAGAGCACCCUGACGCCCUGCGGCAGCUUCAUCUUCUCGGGGAGCGAGGACGGCCUGGCCUACGUGUGGAACGCUGAGACCGGGGAUCAAGUGGCGGUGUAUUCUGAGCUGUGUUACCCCACUGCUUUGAGGACGGCUGUUUUUCACCCUUUUGAGAACAUGGUGGCCUUCUGUGCGUAUGGCCAAAGCCAACCCAUCCACCUGUACCUUUAUGACCAUAAAGUGGCGCAGUUGGAGGUGGAGAACAUGAAGGCCCUGACCAGAACGGGCACGACGGACACGCAGACCCCGGUGACCUUCCAGGACCCCAACGCCUCGGCCAUGGACCGCUUUGCCAGCGCCGCACGAGUAUCCCUUAAACUGCAGCGCCUCCAAGCGCAACUGGACUCUGUGCGGGAGCCAUAUCGAAACACAACCGGAGCAGACUUUGGCUAUAAUCAAGGAGGGCUGUCCCACAUUGGAAGAAGUCACACCCAAGAGGUGGGUCUGAGUGCAUCCCUGCCUCCUCCUGCUCUCCUCUCUCCACACUCCCAGCUGCACAUCUCUGCCCCACUGGCCGCUCAACUACUCCCGCAGGCAGCCGCUGCCACUCAAUGCCGAGGGUUCAGUCCAGUGGGCCAGUCUCGGAGACUCAGCCCUUCCCUGAUGAUCAUGAGGGGGAGCCCUGGGUUUCCUGACUCAUCAAAUGUGUCAGUAGACGCAGAUGUGCCUGUCCAUCAAACGGUCGUGUCCCUGUAUGACUACACGGCCAACCGCUCCGAUGAGCUGACCGUGCGGCGGGGCGAUGUCAUCGGCGUGCUGUACAAAGACAACGACAGCUGGUGGUUUGGCCAGCUGGCCAGCGGGCAUCAGGGUUACUUCCCUGCCACCUACGUGGUGGACGAGAAGAGUUUUGAUGAGGAGAUGUCACAGGCCAUCAAUGCAGAGCCCAUGUCUCACCAGGAGGGGACGCUGUCAGAGAGAGCAACACCUACGAGGAUGUCCGCAGCCAUCAGUGGAACCGGUGAGCUGAAGAUCUUGUCGGAGCAAGACACAGAGCCUGAGCAGUCCACAAGCAGAAUUAAAGGCAAGAAGAUGAAGAAGAAGGUGAAAAGGCGGGAGGCCAUCACGGCCUCCUCUGAUUCUGAGGGGCCUCGGACAGGAAGCCGUAGGAGGAGGCCCCUCCCCCCUCUAGGGAAGGCCAAUGAAGCUUUUGAACCAGACCCCAACUCCACAGAGACGGGGCGAGAAUAAGGUGACAAGUGAGGAUGGCGUUUGCUUCACACUAUGCUUUUAAAAACAUAUCCUCCUUCUCAGGACUAUAUCCAAAACUGAUAUUGACUGCAAUAUUUUUUAUAUUAUAUGCUGCACAGCUUUUUUUUCUGAAGCAUUGAAGCUUGUAGUCAUUGCACACUACUAUGAAUUGUAGGUAAACAUUGUUUUUAAAAAAAAAAAAAAACAACAACCUAGCUUUAUUUACAAACCUGCAGGCCAGUAAGCAGGUUUUAAGAUGGAAGACAGUUAUUGUAACACUUAAAAGUAGGUGUCAAGUAGAUACUAGAAAGAACAGCUUAACGCAAGCAGUUAACGGUACCACAGGUUGCUCAGAAACACUACCAGUGUUCAGCAGGGUGACGGCAGUAUGAGUCCUCUGGGUGGCGCUGUCUAAUAUAUGGUUGAGGGUCAUCAUAUCACAGUACAUCAUUCCAACCAAAGGGCAGAGCCCCCAGGUUACAUGGCUACGAGUGUGCUUACUUACGGGUUUGGACCAUUUAAAUUGAAUGUAUUUUUGUACCUAAUUAAGAUUUUAUGAGUAGUGUUGCCAAGAGAUGCUUUAUUCUUGCAUUCCGAUUUCAUAGGUUGUGUUUCUGUAAGUGUCCGUGCCAGUGUUCAAUACGAUUUAUAUGUGAAUACAUAUAAGUUCUUUAAAACUAUGUUUAUGGUUUACCAUGUCAACGUGCACAAAAUAUGUGUGAUUUUGUUUUAUCAUUCAGUCAAAGACUUUACACUAAAACGUUUUAAGUAAUGUCUUGUUGGUCUAUCACUUAUCCUGGUUUGAAGAUGUGUUAGCUUCAUACAGAUUUAUCCUUGCAUUCAGAGGGGUAAAGCUCACAAUUGUGUCAUCUGAGAUUGAAGCCAUAACAUAUGCGGAAUAUUACAAAAUAAACAACAUAGUUGUUGUGAUCUGAAAAUGGAAGUGAGAAAUAAUGGGGAAAAUAAGGGACAAGAAUCAAAUCAGAAAAGGAAAGAAAAUAGCCAUAAAUUGAUUUAAUUUUACAGACUUUUCUCAGACUCAAACACGAGAAAUGUAAAAAAUA